AUGUGUGCGUGUGUGUUCUUUCUCAUUGUCAUUGUAGGAUGCAUUGGUUAUGGCAUGGCAAAGGCAGCGGUUCAUCAGUUGUGUCAGAGUCUGAGCGCACCAAAUAGUGGUCUUCCUCCAGGAUCUGCUGCAGUAGCAAUGCUUCCAGUGACUUUGGAUACACCCAUGAAUAGAAAGUUCAUGCCGGAUGGUGAUGUCAGUUCCUGGACACCGCUGGAGUACAUAUCAGAGCUGUUCUAUAAGUGGACUACAGGAGAGAACAGACCUCCUUCAGGUACUCUGAUGCAGCUGGUUACUGCAGACGGAAAAACGGAGGCUACACCGGUGUUAUGAUUAAUCUAAUGUAUGAUAUUCAAAAUCCUUCAAAUCAAGCCAAUAACCCACUACUGUAUCUGCAUUAGUGACACUUUUUGUCCUAUUGCCUUUUUGUUUACAUGUAAACAUCAUCAUACUGUAAAUUGUAGCACUUAAAAAUAGAAUAAUUGUGCAUACAAAUGUCAAAGAUAUUGUUUAGUAAAUGUGAUGGCAAAAUAGCAAUGAAACUGUUCUAUUUUGAUUCAUUUUGUUUCUUUUUUUUUCUCGAAAUCCUACAUCCUUUUUACAGUCUGCUGCUCACCUUAGGGGGGCGCUGAUGGUUAAUUUAAUUACAGGUUCUCCUUUGGGUCCAUACAAAAAAGUGAUGUUUUGAUCAGACUAGAAAAGUGAGUCAGCAUUGAAAAAAGUGCUUUGACUAAGUAAUGCAGUUUUUUUUGUGAGGAUCAGGUAUUCAUUAAGUAUUGCCUUAUUUUCUCUUUAUAAACUUGCUUUUAUUGUAACAAAGUACAAGAAUAAUGGUUCAUGAAAUGAGUGUUUAAUUUCCAGCAAUUUAGAUGAAAUGGAAAAAUAAUAAUGGGUUCCUGAGCUGCUAGAAAAGAGAUGCACUCGAUGUUAAAAAAACAAAAAAUAAGUCAUUAGAGUCAUUCUCAUUAAACUCAUAAUGAGUUAUGUUGUAGAAAUAAUGAAGUCGAAUUUUUAAAUGGCAAAAGUAGAAAAUAAUAAUUGACAAAAACUUUGUAUUUUUAUAAUGUUGACAUAUUUGAACACUUAGCACAUGUUAAUUAUCUCCUGUCUAAUAAUUAUGAUUGAGAGGAAACACAAAUGAGGUCCUCGCAUAAUGUCACUUGAAAAUGCUAUUUCAGGAAAGUAUUUAUUGUGGUCUUUGAAUUUAGGGUACAGCUUUCUCUGUAAAUCUAUAGUAAACAUCCAGCUGAGUGUUGGGAAGUGCUGUUUGCUGCCUGGAAAAUCAAGACCUCCAAAAUUUUGUCCAAAAAUUGACAAUUCUAUCAUUUACUUAAUGUCCUGUUGUUUCAAACCCAUAUCUGUCUUGCUUGGAACAGAAAAGGAGAUUUAUCAAAAAGUUCAUGCUGCUCUUUUCUAAUAAAAAUGAAUGGUGAU